UCAAAGUUCUCAAACCCACUUUGAAGUCAUAAUUUCCUUCUGCUUCAGCUUGUUUUUAGUAAAACCCCAGAAAACCAAUUUUAUAAUAUCCUCAUUGUGUAUAUAUAAUUGGGAAUAUCAAGUGUGCUCACUUUGCAUUGAAAAAGAAAGAAGAAAAUGAAGAAGUCUCCAGAUUGUUCUUCCAUUACUUCACCUUCUUCUUCUUCAGCAUCAUCAUCGUCGUCUGAGUUUCUUCAUAAUAUUCCAUCAGUAGUGUCAGAGAAGCCCAAGGCUAAAAGGGGCAGAAAACAUCGAAAAUGCUGCUCCAGUUCUAACUCUACAAGAAGAAGCUCCAUUUACAGAGGAGUCACCAGGCAUAGAUGGACCGGGAGAUUUGAGUCUCACCUUUGGGACAAGUCUUCAUGGAAUAACAUCCAGAGCAAAAAAGGAAGACAAGUUUAUCUGGGAGCUUAUGAGAGUGAGGAAGAUGCAGCUCGAACCUACGAUCUCGCAGCACUCAAGUACUGGGGACCCAAGACCACCUUGAAUUUUCCGAUGGAUCGAUAUGAGAAGGAGAUUGAAGAAAUGAAGAAGAUGUCAAAGGAGGAGUAUUUGGCUUCCCUGCGCCGGCAGAGCAGUGGAUUCUCACGAGGAGUUUCCAAGUACCGUGGGGUGGCUAGGCAUCACCACAAUGGGAAAUGGGAAGCUCGAAUUGGUCGAGUUUUCGGAAACAAAUAUCUCUAUUUGGGAACUUAUGACACACAAGAGGAAGCAGCGGCGGCAUAUGAUAUGGCGGCGUUGGAGUACAGGGGGGCUAAUGCCGUCACCAAUUUCGACGUUAACCGUUACAUAGAACGUUUGAAGGAUAAAGGAAUUUUGCUUCUCGAUCAAACACAAGAACGGAGUCCCAAAGCUCGACCGAUGGGAGCCGAAGAAGUCGAACAACCACCGCAACAAAAACAAGGAGUGGAAGAAGUUGCUGAUAUGCCUCAACUUCCCCAUUACAUGCAGCUCCCUCUAUGCGUUGACGACGCGGUGAUGGUCAUGACGGAGACGACCGAUGGCAACGAGCUAGCGUGGAGUUUCUGCAUGGAUUCGGGUUUGGCGUCGUUUUUUGCUCCGGGCUUCCCUCUCGAAGAAACAGGCGAAUUACCAAACUUGUUCGAUGGCAUUGCAUUCGAGGAUAAUAUCGACUUGAUAUUCGACUAAGGACCUGAAGAAAAUGCGGCCAACGAGGAGUGGCUCAUCGGAUGAUGCAAGUUGCGGUGUCAGAAUUGGUGCAUCCAUGAACAGGCAAGAUGAGAAUGGGAAGGAAUUUGCUGUAUGUUGCUUAUGAUUCUCCCAUGUUCCUCAGGGACCUCGGUUUCGUUCUAUUCCUCUGUUUAACGGUUUUUCAUUUUGGGUUCAGAGUUGGGGCUGUUGGGAGUUUGUGGUUGGAUGGAUACCAUGCAAAGAUCCAACAUGUUAGACAUAUGUAUGUAUGUAUGCAUGUCAAUUAAAUGUAUGUAUGCAUGUCAAUUAAAUUAAAAUAGGAGAAAGGACUAACUAAUAAAAUGAAGUCCUGUAACCAAAAAUUAAUUAAU